AUGGCCAACGACAUUCAACCUACCGAUAUAGAGCCUGGUGGCUCCUCGGGUGGCAUCACUCUGACACGAGAAAAGACAAACUUGUCCUACAGCUACGACAACAGAAAAGGAUGGAGACGAUGGAGAGUCUUUCACCCUGGUAGAGGAAUGUAUCACGACAUCAAGAGGCGACUACCGUAUUAUUGGAGCGACAUCACCGAUGCUUUAACUUAUCGUGUGGUUGCCAGUACUAUUCGCAUGUACUUUGUCAAUCUUCUUCCAGCUAUAGCCUACACACUUGACAUGUACCGUCGAACAGGACAAUUCUUUGGUAUAAACGAGGCUCUCUUCUCCUCGGCGCUAGCAGCGGUUGUCUUUAGUCUUCUCAGCACACAGCCUCUUACUAUUGUUGGCGUUACGGGUCUUAUCUCUUUGUUCAACUUUACCAUAUACGAUAUCAUCAGCAUUUAUGAUGUCUCGAUCUAUCCCCAGUUCAUGGCAUGGACUGGUAUAUGGGCAGCCAUCUUUCACUGGCUUGUGGCUAUCUUUAACACAUGUGAUUAUAUGCGUUAUGUCACCGACUUUUCGAGUGAGGCCUUCGGGAUUACGUUAAAACUACUGUAUGUCGAUAAGAGAGGCACUGAUGAUGUUUUAGUCAAAGGCGUGGAAGAACUGGUAAACGAGUUUGACCAACAAGGAUCUGCGGCUGGUUAUCUUGCCUCCAUCAUCGCCAUUCUUUACUUUGGUACAGUCUAUUGUCUGGAGAGGCUGGGCUCCAGUACUGUUUGGAAACCAGGCGUUCGAGCCAUUCUUGCUGAUUAUGCUUAUGUGUUUGGAACCCUCUUUUGGGUCGGCUUCUCUCACUUCCCCGGUAGACUCGAGGCGACACACAUAGAGCGCGUACCUGUUACCAAGGCUUUCUACCCGACACAGUCUAGAGACUGGCUUAUCGACUUUUGGAACUUGGAUGCUAAAUGGGUGUUUGUCGCGCUACCAUUUGGGUUCUUAACUAUGCUUCUGUUCUAUUAUGACCACGCUCGUCAGUAUCCGCUCAAGAAACCUGGUGGCUUUCACUGGGACUUCUUCCUUCUCGGUUGCACAACAUUUGUUUCGGGGAUUCUUGGACUUCCAAUGCCUAAUGGCUUAGUACCGCAAGCACCUGUUCACACAGACUCCCUCACUGUGUAUGAAACAGACCUCAAGAUCAUUCCAACAUCCGAAAGUGAAGAUACUGAGAUUCGCCGUCCUGUCGUACGAGCUGCAGCUGUAGUCGAGCAGCGUGUUUCACACUUCCUUAUGGGGCUUGGAUUGAUAGGUACAAUGACUGGCCCCCUUCUUGUGGUACUUCAUACAAUGCCAGCUGCUGUCUUUGCAGGUGUGUUCUUUGUCGUGGGUUGGGGUUCGAUUGAAUCGAAUGGUAUCCUUCAAAAGUUCAUCUAUCUUCAGUCCGAAGAUCGUUUUAUCCAGCGCGACGAGCCACUUCUUCGCGUCAGAAGACGCAAGAUAAUUCUUUUCAUCAGCAUUCAGCUGAUUGGCGUCUUCGCUUGUGUCGCUGUCUCGCAUACUCUCGCAGCUAUUGGCUUUCCUGUCUUGAUAAUCUUACUAAUUCCUUUACGUAUUAUAAUUGUACCUCGCUGGUUCAGUCUUCAGGAACUUCAGAUCCUCGAUGAUUUUACUGCGACUAACAAGGCUGUUCUUGCCAGCUUGGGUGGCCAACCUGCCCUUCCGGAGCACUCAAAGGAGGAGGAGGAGUGGGGAGUUGAAGGGAGACAUAGUGAGAAUCAGCAUGGUGUUGCUCGCCAACGUGCCGGAAGCGUUCACCGAUAG